AUGUUAAUACAGACCAACGAGAGGCUUCUAUUUCUAUUUAACAAUGUUUUUAUUACUGAAUAUAUUGAUCAAAUAAACCAAGCCGUUUAUUCUACCGAUAAUCCUCUUUCUAAUUAUCAGAAAAUCGAUCGACAAAAGUUUUGUACUAUCGUAGAAUUAAUGGGAAAGAUACCAGCACCGACUAAAGAAACUUUAGAUCAAUUAUCUGAUGCUUCAUUAGCAGUUUGGGAUAUACUUUUAUAUGAAAUGGAAUUUUCUCAGAUUUUUAAUCGAGAAAUGAGUCAAUCUGGUAUUAACUUGAGUGAAGAUGGGGUUGAAAAAACGUUAUUAUUUUUAAAUCGUAUUCGAGUUCAAUUAGAAGGAGAUGAAAAAUCUUAUAUUCAUAAAGAAAUUCAGAACAUAUUUAAUCUUCCAUCUUAUCAAAAUAAUCCUGAAGAAUAUAUUCGAUCUCAUUUAUAUGAUAUUAUUCCAUUAAUACUUUAUACCUGGUCCAUUGUGAAUAAAUCACAAUUUCCAAAAGAUACUCAAAUCAUUGCUUUAUUACUUUUUAUUCAUAGUCAUGACAAAGGUUUAAUUGAACAAGUUCGAACAGGUGAAGGAAAAACUCUGAUUGUAGGAAUAACAGCUGCUUUUCUUGCUCUAUGUGGAAAUGCGGUUGAUAUCGUUUCGAGUAAUCGGGAUUUAGCAAUCGACGGAGAGAAAAAAUGUCAUUCAUUUUUUCAAUUAUUAAAAAUUGAAAGUGGUCAUAUAUGUAGUGAGGAUGAUGAUGUUAAUCAUCAAUCCUAUCGACCAGAUUCAAAUACAUGUCAAGGUAAUAUUGUUUACGGGAAAGUAGGAGCAUUUAAAAGAGAUAUUUUAGAAGAAGAAUUUAAUAAUAAAAAAAUCUUUGGCACACGUUAUUUAAAUCGAAAGAAAUAUUUAAUCGUUGAUGAGGCUGAUAAUAUGUGCUUAGAUAAAACUAGACAUGUUCUAAAAGAUAUCAAUAAUUCGGAUGAAAUAUCCAAAGAUGUUGAAGAUAUUACUCAAUUUAUCAAAGAAAAUAUUAACAAUAAGAAUAUAUUUAUUCCCGAUUAUAUGAAAGAAUUUGUAGAUUAUAAAAUCGAACGUUGGGUGUACAGUGCUUUUCAAGCACGAAUUAUGCGAGAAAAUGAUCAUUUUGUUUUAGAUAUCUCUAAAACAGAUGAACAAAAGAAUAAAAAACAGAAAACUAUUACUGUCCUUGAUAAAGAUACAGGUGUUGAACAAUAUUCAACACGAUGGAAUCAUGGCCUAGCACAAUUUUUAGAAUUAAAAUAUCGAAGAAAAUUAUCUGCUGAAAGUUUAAAAGCUGUUUUCAUAUCAAAUAAAACUUUUUUUCAAAGAUAUCAGCAUCGUCUUUAUGGAUUAACCGGAACGAUAGGUUCUGAAAAUUCUCAAAGUUUUCUAUCUGAUUUAUAUCGAGUUCGAUUUGCACAUUUACCUACUUCGCAAGAGAAAUGUUUUUAUCAAAUAUCCAAUCAAAUCUCCAUUGAAUAUGGAGAUUGGCUUGAUAUAAUUGCUAGAGAAAGUAUUAAACAAGCCAAAACACGACCUGUCUUAAUUAUCUGUGAAAAUGUCAAAGCAACAGAAAAUAUUUGGAAUGAACUUAUUCGACAUAGUGUUCCUCUACAUACUAUAGAAAAAUAUCGAAGAGAUGGAGAUAAUGUUGAAGAUAGAUUUGCGAAAAAACCUGCGACGUUAGGUGAUACUAUUAUUGCGACAAACAAAGGUGGACGAGGGACGGAUAUUCAUGUUGAUGAACAAGUCCAUAAAGAUGGAGGAAUGCAUGUUAUUUUAACUUAUUUACCAGAAAAUAUUCGAGUCGAAGAACAAGCAUUCGGUCGAACUUGCGAUCAAGUUUGGAAUUGUGAUAAUGGCUAUGAUGAAAUGAAUUGUACUUAUUUAUGGGAAGCAUUGGAUGUGAAGAAAUGUAACCAGCGCAAUCAACAUUAUUGUGCAAAACCUGAAUAUAAAAAUUUAACAUGUUUAUUAUAUGAACAAUCCGGCAAUGAUGGAA